AUGCUCAGCAAUUAUUUCUUUUAUAUCAGUGCUGUCACUGUUUUGACUGGCUUGGCGUAUGCCACCCCUGGCGAGCAUGUCGAUAAUGACAAUGCGGUCUACACUGUCAAUGACUACGACGGCAUUGGGUCUGGUACGGACAGCUACAAAUUCUACAGUGGUGAUGGAUCGGUGGCAGCCGGGUGGCCAGCGAAAAGUCAAUGGGUCUCGUUCAUCGACAUGUUCAACAACAACAAGAACACUAUGUUCUCCUCUUGUGGAUGGUGGGGUGAGGCCGACAACUCCGGCCCCGAAGUGGGAGAAAUCUGGAACGCAAUCGAGGCCCAGGCCGCUGCAACUUAUGUGGACCACCGCCUGAUCCUGGCGGUCAUCAUGCAAGAAUCUGGGGGAUGUGUGCGCGCUCCUUCGACCUACGGCUCCGUUCGUAACCCUGGACUGAUGCAAUCCCACGAUGGCACUGGGACUUGCAAUGAUAACAACAACGUGCAAAACCCCUGUCCAAACUCGGAGAUUGAUCAGAUGAUUGCUGAUGGAACGGGUGGAACAUCUUCCGGUGAUGGUCUGGCAAACUGCAUCAACCUGACUGGGUACAGUGAUGCUCAAGCGUUCUACGGCGCGGCAAGAAUCUACAAUGCCGGCUCUAUCCCUUCAUCAAAUGAUCUCGGCGCCCCCGGUGCGACACCGUGCUAUGCUUCGGAUAUUGCGAACCGGUUGACGGGGUGGGUGGAUGCCGGGAAUACUUGUCCUCUUUGA